UAUAAAAUUUAGGCUGGUUUUGGCCGGCCAUAGAUUUCAUCCACAAUUGUAAUCAAUGUGUUAAGUAACAUCAUUUACAAUAAACAAUCUUAUUAGUUUUUCAAGUCCUUUGGAAAUUGAUUGCCUUAAUAUUUUGCUCCUUUUUAUUUAAACCUUCUUGUUUCCCCUCAAUCUCUUUCUUAGCAUCUUUUGACUGUCUCCAAGCAAAAUGUUGCCACUCAUCAUGUUGUUUCUAGGUUUUGGAUUGUAGCCAUCAUUUUUUUUGGUAUAUUUUUCCUAAAUCAAAUCCACCAGAUACCAAAUCUUGUCUAAUGUCCAAAAAUAUAAGUUAUAAUUUUUUGUAUAUUUAAUUUAAAUAAGAUAAUAACAACAAAAAAAUUGAUCAAACACAUACCAAUUCUUCAGCUACUGAUUUCUGAAUUUCAAAAUGGACUUUUCAUUAAGGCAAUGGGUCUGUAGUUUAUUAUUAUUAUUAUUAUUAUUAUUUCCAUUGAAGCCUAUGGAGGCUUUAUAUAGACAGAAGGUUAAGCAAAUCAUUAUCACAGCAUACUCAUUACAGUUUUGUGUAUUUAUGUUUAGGGUCUGUUUUAUGUCUAUACAGUUGGCCUAACAACAAUAAUACAGUUUCUUCUCUACUGUAAAGGAAAAUGGCUUCUUUUUCAAUGGAGGAUUUUGUAGGGAAUGGAGUUUUGAAGGAACUGCUACCAAAGUUAUUAGAAGAUGGCUGGGAUGAUGUACCAACCCUGAAGAUUAUGAACUCAGAGGAUAUGGAUUCAAUAAACAUGACACGAAGGCAAAAGGAUGCGCUGGAAGUAAGAUCUUACCUGCACGAUCGUGCUCUAAUGCAGUAUGGAGAUAAGCUAGAGGCAUCCGAGAAAUGUUUGCCUGAGCUUCUGAACUUGAGCAGUGGAGAUCUUUCUACUCAGUUUGGGAUGAAGAGGGGACACAUUGCCCGUUUCACAGAUAGAAGCAAUGCAUGUGCAGAACCUUUGCCCAAAACAUAUAACCAAACUGCAAAGAAAAUUACCAGCGCAACAUCUGGAAACGAUAGCAUUUACAAGAGUCUUGGAUCUGUCAAGUCAAAAAACAUGCAGAGCACAUCAAAAUUUUCCCCUAGUAGUAUAAAUUAUGAUAAAUCACUUCAACAGUCACUGGCUGAUUUCAAAAUUAAAGAUGGAUACAUCUUUAAAGGGAUCGUUGCUGCUGGGCCAGCUGAAGCUCGAGCAUGCGGCUGUGUACAACCUCCUCCAGUUGUUGAUGAAGUUGCUCCUUAUUCUUUUAUUGAGAAGAUAUCAGUUGAGAAAUUAACUCCUGAGUACAAAAUUGGGAUGGAACGCUUGGUGAAAACCCGGUCACCCCCGAUGAAGGCCUCAGAAUUAUGGCAAGAUAAACCAGCAGUCCUCCUCUGCAUUAGACGUCCUGGGUGCAUCAUGUGCAGAGCUGAAGCUCACCAGCUGUAUGCCAAGAAACCAAUGUUCGAUGCUCUAGGAGUUCAACUGAUUGCAGUUCUCCAUGAAUAUAUAGAGUCAGAGGUAACGGACUUCUGGCCUCGAUAUUGGGGUGGUGUUGUACUCUAUGAUCGGGAUAGGGGAUUUUUCAAAGCUCUUGGAGGCGGACAACUCCUGAAGGACAAGUUUGUAUCGGGGUUUAUUUUCAACCCAAGAGCCAUUGCAAAUUACAAGCGGGCAAAAGCUAUGGGAAUAAAGCAAAACUUCAAAGGGGAAGGAGAAAUUAAAGGUGGACUCUUUGUGGUUGGCAGAGGAAAGAGUGGCGUUGCAUACCAGUUUAUUGAAAGGAACUUUGGUGAUUGGGCCCCUCCAGCUGAAGUAAUUGGGAUCUGUAGCCAGUUGCAGAGCCAGAAACAAAGUCAAGAGGAGUCCAUAAAAACAACAAAGGAAUAAAAGAAGAAGGUCCUAAUUAUCCUUGUGUUCUUCAUAUUUACAUUUUACAUAUAUAUAUUCCUUGUAAUUUUAGACAGAAAGAUGCUCCGGUUAUUUUGUUCUUAUGUGAUAUUUUGCUUAUGUUAAAAAAGGAAAAAAAAAUCUUUGUGCCA